CUACUAUAUAACAAAUAAUUUGAGGUGAAAUGUCUCCAAAAGUGUUUGUACCAAUGAAUUUUGGUAUCCAGUUACUGGACUCUCCAACCCACAGUACCCUGGAACUAAAGGCAAGUCAGGGGGCAGUGAUACCAGCCAGUUCAGUGAUCCUAUCUUUCAACAGUCCUGUGAUAGAUCACAUGACCACAACUCUUCAUCUGACCAGCAUUGAUAUGAAGGAGUUCAGCGAGGCAGCUGUAAGAUAUUUCGUUCAUGCUGCUUACACUGGGGAAACGCCACCUAUAUCCAGAGAUAUGUUCAGAGAUAUCAACAAAUUGGCCAAUGUUUUUAAGAUGUCUUGGUUGGUGAACAGAUGUGUUGAUCAGUUUGAAAAUAUGACUGAAGCUAUUCAAGAAGCUUCGUACGAAGAUUUGAUAUUCUUAUUUGAUGAAGCAGUUUAUGUUUUAUCUAACCUCAAAUCUAGACAGUUAGUUGAGAUUGCUCUUAAAAAGAUCCAGUCACUGAAUGGGGAGUCACAACGGGAUUUUAUCUCCAGAUAUCUCCAAAACUUGACCUCUCUGUGUUGCCAACAACUAGAUUUGAUCAUUGAGCUGACAAAAACUAAUGUAGAAUACGUUGUAAAACCAAUUACAGAACAAAUUACUGCUAGUUCAUCUAACCAGGGAACUUUGGAUCUAACCAACUUCAAAUAUACUCUGGAAAACAUUGAUUUGAGUUAUUGUCUUAAAAACAAUAUUCAGCUUUAUGAGAGACUGUUUGGUAAGUUAGAGGAACUGUGUGGUACAAAUGAUGAUUUGAAGUGGCUGCUUAGACUUCAAAGAAAAUCAUUUAAAGAGUCAUUGAUAUCCAAGGAAUCUGUGACUUCAAUUGCCACCACAUCUGCAUCUGGUGUUGCUCAAUUGUCUGACAGUAACAUAAUACCAAAUAUGCUUCAUACUCUUAACACUAGCUUGACAUUUGACGAAGUUGUUGAUUGGUUGGGUACAUCUGACGAAGUUGUAAAUUUGUGGAUGUUUUUUGAGGGAAUAUGGACUUGGAUGAAUGCCAACGAGGGGUCUCCAGUCAAAUGUUCAUCCAACUUCCUGAACAAGGUUCGUGAAAUUAGAAAAAAACGGAAGUGGAGAGAGGUGUCUCAAUCAUUUCUAAAUUGCAAUUUGCUUCUGCAUAAGUCAGAGUCUUCGCGUGAAUUUUUCCAAGCAAUUAUGUCCUGUGAAGAUCUUUGUAUAGGUCUUAGAGAGGCAGGCUGGAAUAUAAUCUUUACUAAAGGUUUAAUCAAAGACAUUUUUUCCCUUUUCGAACAAGAGACUAAGUUAUACUUUAUCUGUGAAGGUCACGCAUCUGUGUACAAUUUGUCAAAUUGUUCUAAACCAGGGAAAUGUGGAUUUAUUUUAAAAACAGUACCUGCUAAAGAGCAUGCUAAUUUCGUGCUCUCUACUGACCCCAAUGAUUACUCAGAGGAAAUACAUUACCAUAACGAGAUACAUGCUAAAGAUAUGCAUCUCGAAAUGGAAUGGUUUAAAGAACUAGAGCAGCCCAGUGGUUCGCGGGGUUAUUAUCUUCCGAUGAGCUGGGCUGGAAGACCUGUAUACCAGAAUAAUGAAAUUAUUUGGGAUACAUUUCCAGUGACUGACUAUGGGAAGAAUGAUAGCUACUGUUUUUGUUUAUUCUUUCCAACCUUACCAUCACAUCAGCUGAAUCCCUGGGAUCGUUUGAUAUAAAGCAUUUCUAAAAACUUUCUUAUUCAAAUUGUCUCAGCAUGAACUUGAAAAACUUUAUCAAUGACUGAUUUUGUCCUAUAUUUAGUGUUAGUACUUUAAUUUUAAGCUUCACUCUCUGAUUUUAGUAUGAAGGAUAUAUUUUCAAGUAUAUGACAGUAGUCCUAACUUUUAUCGUGAUAGUUUCUGGGAUGACUAGAUUAAACACUGCUGAGUAUUUAAGUUUAUCUUAAUAGUGGUGUUCUUAAACUUCAAUUUAUUAUUAUUAUUAUUAGAUAAACAAAUUUGGACAA